AUAUAAAGCCUUGACAGUUGUAGAACUUGUAUAAACUGUUUAAAACAGUGUCGACUCUGUUUUGAAACUUGCAUUCAACAGGCUUGUGGGUAAUCUCUUCAUAAUGGCAAACCAGUAUGACACAGAAACAGUGCGUAAAUUCUUUGAUGAAAUCGAUACAGAUAAAUCGGGAAAAUUGACUUGCAGUGAACUAUACCAAGUGCUUAAAAAAUGUGAUCCAAAAAUAACUCAGCAAGAGUGUGACAGAAUUAUUCACUGUUUAGAUAAAGACGGAGAUGGAAAAGUGUCUUUUCAAGAGUUCCUUGUCGUAUUUCAAGGGUCAAAGAAAUAAAAAAAACAACUUUCUGAUGAGAAGAAUCAAAUGAAGAUCACAGCAAGUGCGAAGAACAGAUGUUGGCAAAUGACUUUCAGAAACAGAUGUAUAAAUAAAUAAAAGGCAAUUAUGCAGCCCGAGACAAUAAAAUGUACUUUUUUAAAACCUG